GAUGCACGAGUCCCUGCACCUCUUCAACAGUAUAUGCAACCACAAGUUCUUCGCAGCCACCUCCAUCAUCCUCUUCCUCAACAAGAAGGACCUUUUCGAGGAGAAGAUCAAGAAGGUCCAUCUCAGCAUCUGCUUCCCAGAGUACGAUGGCCCCAACACGUUCGAGGACGCUGGGAAUUACAUCAAGACCCAGUUCCUGGACCUGAACAUGAGGAAGGACGUGAAGGAGAUCUACAGCCACAUGACCUGUGCCACAGACACCCAGAACGUCAAGUUCGUCUUCGACGCUGUCACGGACGUGAUCAUCAAAGAGAACCUCAAGGACUGCGGCCUCUUCUGAGCCCGGGAAGGAAACAUUCCCGUCUCUCCGUUCUGCUGAGCAGAGCCAAAGGAAGAACCACCCCCUCCACACAUCACUGCUCCCACUUUUUCUAUGACCGCCCCAAAUCCGCCUCUUUUCACCCCAAACUAGGAAGGGGCUGAACUCAACGUCCUGCUCCCUUUCGUGGCCAUUUCCUCUUUUUUUUUUUUUUUUUUCCCCAAGGAAAACUCCCCGUUCUCAGCAUUCCACGGGAGGUUUGACACCAAGACACAGCCAGGAAUAGGAAUAUUGAGGGAAUUUGGGAGGCAGGGAUGGGAAUUCCCCCCUGGCCAUCCCUCCACAGCCCAUUCCUGCCCUUGGAUCGGGGCUGGAUUCAUCCAAGCUGGAAUUUCUGGGGGAGGAGGAAGCUGAGUUACCUCCGAGUGGCUCCUGGGAACCCACCCCAGCCCUUCCCGGGAAUCGACCCUUUGGCAGGAGAAAUCAGGAAUUCCUGGGAUUCUCUGGGGCCCUGAAUGGUGGGAAUUCCUUGGGCAGGAAGGGCUGGGGGAGGGAACCCCAACUCCGGCCCAGGAAUGGGAAUGGGCUGGAUAAAGAGGAAAUGGUUGCUUGAAACAUUUUCGUUCUGCUACUUUAGAGCCGCGUUUGCUCUCUCUGUUUGUAAAUAAUCCAUAGGUGAUCCCUGGAAAUCCCCGGAUCCUCCUUUCCCUGCUCCCUGCACAGAUCUCCCCUUCCAGCUUCACUUUGGUAGGAAAACACAAUAAAGGAAUGUG